CUCUUGCUGUUUUUAGAUUAAUAAGUAGAAUAAUAACCGUGCGUGUCUUUGUUAUAAAGUAUAUGGCUAUUUGGUGUUAAACCGACGGGACUUAAGUGUUCUUGAUGGUUUCCGGUGACGAUUUCAAUGGUGGUCGUUUACCGCGAAAAACUACUAGGUCGCCGAACCGAAAAUCUAAGAAGACUGAUGCAGACAUAGCAAAGGGAUCAGCGUUGCGAAAUGACUCGCAACCUUCUGUUCAUAAAAGGAAUCUUUAUGUGGUUUCGUUCCCUAUCAUUAUCCUAUUUAAUUUACUAAGGUCCAUUUUGUAUCAGUUAUUUAUUAUUUUCAAAUAUUUGUAUUCGGCGUCGCAUCGUUUCAUUCAUAGGCCUCGUAAAAACGGUGAAUGUAAUUUAGAAGUGGUUGUAAAAGACGGUAUAGUGUCGACUGAAAUCGCGCACAGUGAAGAGAUGUCGUAUAUAAACAAUGUGGGACCGGGAGACCCUCUUCUCGCGAAACAAAAACAUCAUCAUAGGAAAGCGUUCGAGUAUAUAUCGAAAGCACUUAAAAUUGAUGAAGAAAAUGAAGGACAAAAAGAAUUAGCUAUAGAGCUGUACAAGAAGGGUAUAUAUGAGCUUGAGAGAGGCAUAGCAGUGGACUGCUGGGGGGGUCGAGGAGAUGCUUGGCAGCGAGCACAGCGCCUCCAUGAUAAGAUGAAAACCAACCUAGGGAUGGCAAAGGACCGAUUGCAUUUCCUAGCCAACCUAGUCGCUCUCAGUAAGUUGGGCGUAGAGAGUGAGCCCGACCGGAGUGACAAAAAACCUACGGAGUCACCUCUUAAGGGGCGAAGGCAAUUAGAGAAGUCCAAGACAACGCUACUAGCACAUACAGAAAGUAACAGUGGUCAAACGAAGCCACCAAACGAAGUCGCAGGCCGCAAGCUCACAACCGCCGGUCGACGAGUACCCAGCGGCGGUGGACCACUAAUGAAGUCUCAAACACUCCCUCGGUCCAUGGGGCGGUCCUCGUCCCAACCGAACAGCUCCAACGGAGGCUACAGCAGAUACCCCGUGAAGCCGGCUUCAACACCACCGGCUGUCAAGCGACAGCUAUCCAGCGCAUAUCAGGUGCCAGUGAACGGUUCGCCAGUGAGACGAGCCGUAGGGGGAGGCUCUCAACGCGGGACACCCACUCGGAGCAGGACCCCUCAGUCAACGUUAGCGGUACGAGGGGUCGACCCAAAGUUAGUCCAACUUAUACUGGACGAGAUUGUUGAAGGUGGCCCGAAGGUUCAUUGGGAAGACAUCGCUGGUCAAGAGGCAGCAAAACAAGCCCUGCAAGAAAUGGUGGUGUUGCCAUCCCUUAGGCCCGAACUCUUCACAGGACUCAGAUCACCGGCUAAAGGGUUGCUACUAUUCGGGCCACCUGGAAAUGGUAAAACGUUGCUAGCUCGAUGUGUGGCGGCAGAAUGCUCUGCGACAUUCUUCUCGAUAUCCGCGGCGACGCUCACCAGCAAGUACGUGGGGGACGGGGAGAAGAUGGUCCGUGCAUUGUUCCAAGUAGCCAGAGAACUACAGCCGGCGAUAAUCUUCGUGGACGAGGUGGACUCGUUGCUGUGCGAGCGCUCGUCGGGCGAGCACGAGGCGUCUCGUCGCCUGAAGACGGAGUUCCUGGUGGAGUUCGACGGGCUGCCGGCCGCCGGCGCCGACCGCCUCAUCGUGAUGGCCGCCACCAACCGCCCGCAGGAGCUCGACGAGGCCGCGCUCAGGCGGUUCCCGAAGCGCGUGUACGUGUCGCUGCCGGACGCGCGCACGCGCGGCGCGCUGCUGCGCGGGGUGCUGGCGCGCGGGGCGGCGGCGGCCGAGCUCAGCGCCGACGAGCUGGCGCGCCUCGCCGCGCUCACCGACGGGUACUCCGGCAGCGACCUCACCGCGCUCUGCCGGGACGCCGCGCUCGGGCCCAUCCGAGAGUUGGACCCCGAGGAGGUGAAGUGUCUGGAUCUGUCCCUGGUUCGGAGUAUCACGUUCCAGGACUUCAUGGACUCGCUAAAGAGGAUUCGGCCGUCCGUCUCGCCGCUCAGUCUCGUCGCCUACGAGAAGUGGUCGGUGCAGUACGGCGAGCAGGGAGUUUGAACUUUAUACACAGGUACUGGAUUACAAUAAUUCGUGGUGAGUCAGUAAUAUUAAGGCAAUAUUGUUAUUGCGACGGACACGCGCCGGAACGAUUGAUUUUUUAAUUGUAAUGAAUUUAUUCCGGAAUUUUAUAUAUCGCUCAAAUUUUAAGAAUCUCCAAACUUUUCCCUCGUAAAAUUCCAAUGUAUUAACUAACCGAAUAACAUUUUAAAUUUAUCAAUAUAAUUUGUUUCGUUGUAAAUUAAUGUAGGAAUGAAAAUAAUUUUAACUCCUCUAGUCAAACAACCAGGAUUUGACUGUAGUUGCCAAGCAUAUGGCCAUAUUAAGUCAUAGAAAAAAAAAUAAAAAAUUGAUCUCUAAGUCCUGCCUUAUUCAUGGCAUAUGUAAUCCGGAUCAAUGAAGAAGUUGCUUUCAAUGUUUCUAGAUGUAAAGAAGUCGCUUUCAAUAUCUACACUUCUUUAUUGAGUCGUGUUACAUUAAAAUGUAAACCCGUCCAGUCAAAAGGAAAUUAUUCAAAAAUGAACCGUAUGUCAAAUAAAAUGCGACAUUUAUUCAGAUCUCGCUUAUCCUUUUGGCGCUAUCGGACUGAUUUAAUUCAAACAGCAGGCUAUUGAUAUGCACGCGAUUCUAAGCCCUCUGGUGUAUGCUUUUAGAAUAUAAAAUUGUAGAAUUUCAUUUUAAAUUUAUAUUGUUUUUAUAAGAAUGUAUGUGAAACAAUUAGCCGACAAGGCAUAAUAUGUGUGAAAACAGUAAAGGUGUGUUCACAUUAAUCGUAUGACUCUAACUAUACAGGAACUGUUUUUGUAAACUUGAAUAAAUAUACUUUUUACGAUAGUGUAAACGCACCUUUAUUUAGAGUUUUUAAGUAUUUAGCGAUACCAGUGAAUAAUCGAAGGGAUUGUUGUACAAAAUAUGUUAACCGUUUAUACGUAGUACCUCAUCAUUUUGUAUAUUUGGAUGUAAUGAUGUAUGAAUAUGUUGCAAUGAAUGUAGCUUAAAGUUUUUUUUUUUUUUAUUAGUAUUUAUUUAUAUUAAGCACAUGUCGACAAUCCAAUAAUUAUAUAAUAUUUAUACUAUGAUUUUGAACAUUACACGAAAAAAAAAAAUUAAUAAAUUAAUUUUACGAGUUUUAUAUUGGAAACAUUGAAGAAAAAGAUACUUUCGAUAUUCUUGCAAUCCACAUUAAUUUAUAGUAUAUAUUACAUACCAUUUCCAGCAUUAAAUUUAAUUAGGAGAAAAUGGUAACUUUAACCACAAAAACCAAAUGGUUUUUGUCCCAUAUAUAAAACACAUUAAAAAAGUUAUAAAAAUAUGUAUUUGAUUCUGUUUAACACAAUCUCUGAAUUAAACUAACUCGAUCUGAGAACAGACUUGCUAUCCUUUUCUAACCUUACAGAUAAAUAAUAUUUUAUAAUUAAUUUUUUUUUGUCUUGUCAAAAUAAUUUAGUUUAAAGACUGUUUACAAUUCAAUUCUUCGCUUAAUUGCUUUUACCUGUGCCACUAUGCUACGUAAGAAAAAAUGCUUACACUAUGAUCGCCAUAACUGUCAAACGAAAGGGCACAAUAUUAACUGUCAAUGUCAAAAUAAAUUGACAUGUUCAAAUUGUUUAUAUAAGUAUUGGAUCGUUGAAUGUUAUUUUGUUGGAUGUAGUUAAAUGAAUUCUGCUUAGUGCAGACGAUAUCAUGAUUUUAUAGGAAAUUUGUUCAUGAAAUGUCGCGUCUUUAUAAAGAAAAAAAGGAACGAUUAUUUUUGUGUUUUAACAUUAUCCAUUUGAAUAUCUUCGCGCGACUUUCGUUCAAUCAAAAAAAAAAAACACAUAAAUUUGUUGUUGUUAUUGUACUUAUUGUAAUUCUGUUGAUUAUUAAUUAUUAUUAUUAUUUUUUAAUUUAAAUAGAAUUCUUGCCCUAAUUAUGUUAACGUUUUAAAAUUAUGUAAAAUUAUGCUGCAAAUCUUAUGAAUAGAUGAGUCAUUUAAUACGAAAGACAUAAAUAACGGGUAUAUAAGCGGUAAAUAGCUUCCAUUCAGAUAAAAACGAUAAUGAUUUGCUCAAAAACGGUAACAUGUAUGAAAAUUGAGCGAAAUUGUAAAGAAAAUCAUAUAUUUUCAUAGUUUCUUAUAAAUAUUGACUAUAUCUUCGUAUUUUAAUGUAUUUAUCGGGCUAUUAUCAAAUACAGGACCAUGCAAUUAUUAUAUCUCGAUAAAGUGAAACAUUUAACGAGCAGGUCGGACACUAUUCCUCUUCCCAUAGAUUAAAGAUGAUCGAUAUACAAGUUAGUUCUGGCACGGUUCUACUUGUCUUUAAUCUAUGGUCCAGUUUGAGGCCUUGGAGAGGAAUAAUUGAACAUUUGUUUUUAUGACAUAAAAUUAUUAAAUUUUCACUCUUAGGUACUUUUCUAUAUACUUUUGAAACAAUGGUCUUGUUUUCUUUAUAAAAUCAUUCAAUAAAAGCUACUAACGAAUGACUCAUUUCACCUCCCCAAGGGUUCACUCUCAACGUUGGACUAAAUAGUAUAUGGCCGCUGCCCGCUUAUAAAGUGACCUUGUGUAAAUUAAUUAUAUUUAUCUAUCUCUUUAAUAUUAAUUUAAUUAUGUCUGAUGUUACGUACAUCAGACAUAAUUAAUCUGUCAUAUAAAAAUAAUUCCAUAGCUAAUACUAUUUUGUCUUACGUAGACUGUUCCGCACGCUAGCCAAUAGUAAUCUUCUAUUCUCAAUUAAAAUUAUUUAUUAUCUGUAGCCGUGUUACCUUUAAAGACAGCGACGUAGACAUUAGCGCAGUUCUAAGUAGACGUAAUAUAUUUUUACUGUAGAUUUCUCAGUCGAACGGUGCUUUACAUUCGCACAGGUAUUUGUUGAUAAUAAAAAAUAUCGCGAGCGUUAAAAAAAAAUAUGACAUGUCAAAGCUGAUCUUUUUUGGACUUCAUCGAAUGUAUAGCACCGGCAUUAUUAAUAGGAUAGUAAUAAACCUAUCAUAUCUGCAUAAGCAAUAGACAUGUGCAUUGUGCAGGCAAAUGUUUAGCUUUACAGCAUUCAUUUAGAUUCGAUUUUUGAAUAUUCACUACAAACGUACAGACUUGAUAUAUAGUUUAAAAAAUAGCAGCAUUCGUAGAUAUUUUAAGGUGUUUUUAAUGAACAGCAUUAUGAAAUACAUUUCUUGAUUAUUUAUUAAAUAUAGGAUUCGAUAAAUCCUCAAAUGACUGAAAUAGUAACAAAAUUAUAAUUUGAUUUAUAUUCUGAGCAGUUCCGAUAGAAUUAAAAGCCUAAGAUUAUAAUCCAUUUACGAAAUCGCCGCAGAACAAAGUUAGGCAAUACCUGAACAAUUUGAUAAUUAAGUUAUUUAUAUUAAUUCAACGUUCAGUUAUAGAUAAUUGGACACUUAUUCAUGCAAAUUGUUUAAAAUGGCUUUUAAGACAAUCGUGCAAGGUAACAUUAUUAUUAUAAAAUGUAACGUUGUUAAUUGUGAUCUAAAUCUUCUAAAUAGUACUUACGUUGUGCCUCGAUCUAUUAGAUGCCGCUUUCUAAGAGUUGGUUCACAUUUUCUUUGGACCGACAAUUUUGCUAUUUUUCUCUAGCCGACUAUCUAAUCAUGCCAUUCAUAACGUUCGCGCACGUUUGACUUAUCUUUAAUUUUAUUGGUGACGCAUAACAAAACUAUAAGCCAACUAGUUUUCAACCGCAGCUUUGUCCAUGUUUCAUCCAUUCAUUUAUCCAUUUAAGGAGAUAUGGAAGCAGGUUUUGCGUAUUUAACGUAGCCAAUGUUCUUCCUUGGUGUUCAAGCUUGCUCCAUACCAAAUUUUAUGAAACUCGGUUCAGUGGUUUAGCCGUUAAAGCGUAACAUCGUAACAGAUAGAGUUACUUUAGCAUUUAUAAUAUUGGUAUGUAUAAUAUUUGAUCCCGAAUCGUGGAGAAAAGUCCGGUAAACGUGUCGUGUCCGAGCAUUAUGUCGCCUCCCAUUAAUGUGAAUAGUGUGAAAUAAAAAUUCCAAUAUACGUUCGACAAUUGUCAAGAAGAUAAAUACAUCGGUCCUAUAUAAUGUGAACCAGUUCUUACGAAUCGAAUUUUAAAGAUUUGCAUAAAAUUGUAUGGUUGUUAAUGGUUUUUGAAUGAAUUUUCACUUUUAAUGAAUUAUAUGUGAAUUAUUUUUACGAAAUAGAUUUUUUUUCUUAUCGCUAUUGUUCGCAUUUAAUACGUUUUAUAUACGUAAAUGUCAAUCGAAAAUAUCGUUUAGAAAUUUUAAUUGUAUGUUAAUAGGUUUAUUUAUUAUGUUCGCCAAAACUUUUUACAUAUAUUUUAAAUCGUAAAUGUGUGCAUUUUAAUCAUAAAAUAAUUGGAAAAAUUUGUUUCUAUUAUAUUAUCAUUUCAAAUUAUUGGCUCUUUUUAUCGUAAAAAAUAUACAAUGAACUGUACUGAAAUCUAUAUCUCAAAGGCAUUAUUGCAUCGCUGUGAUAUAGAUAAUAAUAAACCAUGCCUUAUUAUUUACGCAUUUUUGCAUCAGACAACAUUGUUUAAUCGAAUAAAUGACCGCCGUAACACUGUAACAGUGCUUUAAAAUUUUGAUACCCUUGAUAAUACAAUUACGCUUUUCGUUUUACUUCUUUCAUAAAACGUUCGGUGUUAUGGACGGCCAAUAUCAUUUUAUCAGAGCUUCUUAAAAAAUAAGUGACGAUAUGUGACUGAUUGUUACCAUAUUAAAAUAUUUCAAUGAAUGUUCAAAAAGAUUAUUUCUUUAAGGUAAAUUUCGAAUACAUAUGUGUAAUGGUGUCGGAUAAGGUAUUUUAGGCGCAUAUAAGAUUCUUUGAUAAUGUUAUUGACCAAUUUAUCUCUUAAACUUAAGACAUAGGGACUAAAUUGGCGUAACGUUAUUUCGAAGACGGGCUCGAUUUAUCGGUAUUGUUAAGUGGUUGUAUUCAAAUUUUGAUAAAACAAUAUCAGUGCGAAUGUUACGAUUGUUUUUAAUGUAAUCUUGUUUAAGUUCGCUUCGAGACCUUUUUAUGCUACAAUUAAAAUAGUUUCAACAGUAGUUACAUCAAGUGUGGCUGUGAGUAAAAAUAUCGGGCUGUGAAUUAAAUUUUGAAUGCAAACUUUCCCUUUAGCUUCGUACUGCAGCUUUCAAAAAGUUUAUUUCCCAAAACACCGUCAGUUGUAGCAUAAAACUGGUGUCAUUGUGAGAUAUGAAUGUAUAUUUCGAAACGUGGUUGUUAUUACUUUACACGCUCGCCUUUGUUUAAUUUAAGCGCACGAAUUUACUGACUUGACUAAAAAGUUUUUAUUAGUUAAGCGUCGUUGAGUGUUACAAAAAAGGUGUAUUUUUUCAUAAUUUUUCAUAAAACUAAGCACAUUUUUGCCUAAAAUGUCGUGAAUGUACACAACGCAUAUGUGAUACACGGUUUACCUAUUAAUAAAACAAUUAAUUUGUGAA